UCUGCGUGGCCGGCGUGUCUUCUUCUCCUCACUGGGUUAAGGACCAGUAUAACGUUACCGAGCCACCGUGUAUGAUAGCCGCAGCGUGUCUUGCUCGUAGUUUUUCCACCGCUGGACUGCUCUCUGAAACCGCAGGUUAUGCCACCCGAAAGACUUCCUGGAUCCCCAGCCGUGAAAGAGAAGGGCUGAUCCCCGUCCUCCCCCAGGUUCCUGCGGCUUUGCACCCCAACUUUCCUUCCUUCCCUCUCCUGCUUAUUCCCUUCUCCCAACCGCACUAACCCCCACCCGACUCCUACACCCACACCCGACCGUGCCCCCGCCCCCCCCGGUCAUCCUUUACCUCACGGACUGUUGGUCCAGUCACAUCCCUCUCCGCAGCGUCUCCAUACCCAGGCUCUCUGUUGAGUCUUACUCCAGCCACGCUAGCCGUCUCUUCUGCAGCCCCCUGCCCUCGUCAUAGAGCUAAUCUCCCCCCACUGGCUGCACGCCAGGCCCCAUGGCUACAGGAGGUCAUGCCCCAGAGAUAGAUGUGUUGAUCAACCUACAACAGGUGAAGGUGGAGGAGGAAGAUGAGGAAGGGUCCAUGGAGGAACUGGAGGAAGAGGAGGAGGAGGAGAACUGGGAGAAAGCCCUGUCUGUGGAGCGCUUUGGAGACAUCAUCAGUGACUCUGCUUCUACCAGUGGAGACAGGAUGGGUCGACACUACACUGAGAAAGACUUUGAAUAUCACAGACACUCAUUUCACCAUACGCACCACCCCUUAUCCACCCACCUGCCCCUGGCCCAGCGUUUACGCAAGAGGGUGCACAGCACGGACCGAAGGCGCAAGAAGAAACGGAAGAAAAGGAAGACCUCUCUGCCCCCCUCCGAUGUUACACCCACCAUCCACGAGGUAGACGAGGAAGAGGCCGAGUCUGAGACGGAUGGACAGGGAAUGGCUGCCACCCCCGCAGAGCUACCUGACAUCCAACUACAGUUUAGUUUGGGGAGCCAAGAGGACUUGGAGGAACCUCUCCCGCUCACUGCCUUCCACAAGGAAAACGAAGAACAUCCAUUGUCGAGGCGAGCCACACCCGCUCUGAUAGAGGGGGAGGCUCAUAAUGGGGGAGCUGCUGUUCUCGGAUCGAACGAGGAGCUGCGUGGAGAGGAAGCGGCUUGCAACAGUGUUCCCCCAGGAUCACACCCCUCGAGAUUAAACACGACCCGCGGCUGGUUCCGUAGGAAGCCCGUCCACCAUCGUGUGGCGGGCGCCCAGCGGAGCAACUAUGACCUGCGGGAGCGGAUCUGCAUCGGCAGCAUGACGGCUCUGGAGACGGCCGUCUACCAGCAGGUGCCCACUGAUGAGGCCGAGGCCCAGAUGUUGGCCAGCGCCGACCUGGAUGACAUGAAAAGUCACAGAUUUGAGGACAACCCUGGCGUGAGACGCCACCUGGUGAAGAAGUCCUCACGAUGUCUGGUGACCCGAGGCAGCAACAGUUCCAUACCACUGAGCAGCCUGAAGAAGAAGAAGAGAGCAGCAGAUAAGAAAACACACGAGUUGUUUGUAGAGCUGAACGAGCUAAUUGUGGAUAAGGACCAUGAAAUGCGUUGGAAGGAGCGGGCCCGCUGGAUCAAGUUUGAGGAGGAUGUGGAGGAGGAGACAGACCGCUGGGGCAAACCACAUGUGGCCUCCCUCUCCUUCCGCAGCUUGCUGGAGCUCCGCCGCACCAUCACACACGGUGCCAUCCUUCUGGACCUGGAGCAGAACUCUCUGCCCGGGAUCGUCCAUCUGGUGGUGGAGACGAUGAUCAUCUCUGAUCAGAUCAGAGCCGAGGACAGAGCCGGUGUUCUCCGGGCUCUGCUUCUCAAACACAGCCAUCCGAGCGAUCUGAAACAUUUUUUUCACCGCCACCACUCAUCCAGCAGUCUUCAUGGCAGCUUCAAUCACAACAACGUCCCAGACACCAAUCUGCCGCUGGUGGCCGAAGAGCAGGAGGAGCACCCAGAUAGCAAAGGGCCGGUAUACGACCCAAAGCAAGACGUCUUUGUCACCCUGUUUAAAUCUCUCCACCCUCUGCCUCCUGAGAGCCAUCCAGCUGCAGCCAGAUCGCUGAAACUCCUCGCCAAGAUUCCCAAAGAUGCCGAAGCUGUCAUUGUUUUAGUUGGCUGCAUGGAGUUUCUGGAGCAGCCGGCCAUGGCCUUUGUCAGGUUGAAUGAGGCAGUCAUUCUGGAGUCCGUCCUGGAGGUCCCCGUCCCUGUCCGCUUUAUUUUCGUCCUGCUUGGUCCCACCCAGUCCAACGUGGACUAUCAUGAGAUUGGACGCUCCUUCUCCACUCUCAUGUCUGACAAGAACUUCCAUGAGGUGGCCUAUUUCGCUGACGACAGACAGGACCUCCUGAAUGGUAUCAAUGAAUUCUUGGACUGCAGCAUCGUCAUUCCACCGUCAGAUGUGGAGGGCAAAGACCUCCUGAAGACAGUGGCCGACUUCCAGAAGCAGAUGCUGCGCAAGAGAAAGGAAAGAGAACUCAAGAAGCAGCACUCCUCAUUGGGAAUGGAGCUCAACAAUAAAGAGGUGAGUCCAGAGGAGGAGGAGGAGGAAGACCAGGAGGUUGACCCAUUAAAACGCUCAGGGAUCCCUUUCGGAGGCCUGAUCCACGACAUCCGCCGCCGCUACCCGCAGUAUGUCAGCGACCUCAAAGAUGCAUUGGACAUGCAGUGCGUUGCCGCCGUCAUCUUCAUCUACUUUGCUGCGCUGUCGCCCACUAUCACCUUUGGAGGCCUGCUGGGAGAAAAAACAGAGGGCAUGAUGGGAGUGACUGAGCUUAUUGUGUCUACUGCAACUCUUGGAGUUAUUUUCUCGCUGCUUGGUGGUCAACCCCUCCUCAUCAUAGGCUUCUCAGGACCCUUACUGGUGUUUGAAGAAGCCUUCUACAAGUUCUGUCAGGCCCAAAACUUUGAGUACCUAACAGGCCGUGUGUGGAUUGGUUUCUGGCUCAUCUUCAUCGUCCUGGUGAUUGUGGCAGCAGAGGGCAGCUUCCUCGUUCGCUACAUCUCACCCUUUACCCAGGAGAUUUUUGCUUUCCUCAUCUCCCUUAUCUUCAUUUAUGAGACUUUUUCGAAACUCUUCAAGGUGUUUAAGGAACAUCCACUGAUGUCAAUGUACCCCAGUGACUCCACCCCAGCUACUGAGCUUCAACACGUUGAUGGCACCAUCUUAAACCAGCCCAACACUGCUCUUAUGUCUAUGGUCCUCAUGAUGGGCACUUUCUUAGUGGCUUUCUUCCUCAGGAAAUUCAGAAACAGUCGGUUUUUAGGUGGCAAGGCCAGAAGAAUCAUUGGUGACUUUGGCAUCCCCAUCUCAAUUCUAUUUUCAGUGUUGGUGGAUUACUCCAUUACUGACACGUACACGCAGAAACUGAAUGUGCCGCCAGGCUUCUCAGUCACCUCCCCUCACAAGAGAGGCUGGUUCAUCAGUCCCUUUGGGGACAAGCAUCCCUUUCCCACCUGGAUGAUGGGAGCGUCCAUUGUACCUGCCAUUCUCGUCUUCAUCCUCAUUUUCAUGGAAACUCAGAUCACUUCAUUGAUAGUCAGUAAGAAGGAGCGUCGCUUGGUCAAAGGCUCGGGCUUCCACCUGGAUCUUCUGCUCAUCGUCAUCCUGGGUGCCAUCAGUUCUCUCUUCGGCCUGCCGUGGCUCACGGCGGCCACUGUGCGCUCCGUCACUCAUGUCAACGCCCUCACCGUGAUGAGCAAGGCCACGGCGCCCGGCGAGAAGCCGAUGAUCCAGGAGGUGAAAGAACAGAGGCUGACCGGCCUUCUUGUGGCUGUUCUUGUCGGUAUGUCCAUAGUGAUGACAAACGUCCUCCGCCUCAUCCCUCUGGCUGUGCUCUUUGGCAUCUUCCUGUACAUGGGGGUCACCUCUCUGACAGGCAUCCAACUGUAUGAACGCAUCACACUGAUGGUCACGCCAGCCAAGCAUCACCCUGACCACAUCUACGUCACCAAGGUGAAGACAUGGCGUAUGAACAUGUUCACCAUCAUCCAGUUGGCGUGCAUCGUGGCUCUGUGGGUAGUGAAGUCUACCAACGCCUCGCUGGCGUUCCCCUUCGUCCUCAUCAUGACGGUGCCGCUGCGCCGCCUCAUCCUUUCCAGGAUUUUCGAGGAACGUGAGCUCCAGGCGCUGGAUUGCGACGAGGAUUCUCCCAACUUUGAUGAAGAUGGACGAGAUGAGUACAACGAGAUCCACAUGCUUGUAUAAACUUAAAAUUGGACCCAGCCAGUAGGACUUCCUCCGCCCUCCAGCUCUGACCAAUCAGAGCAAGUCUCUUCGGAAACCUCUGCGUUUUUGGGUAAUGGUGACACAUCAAAAGGGAGCUACCAUAAUGGUGUUGUAAAAUAUACCAAAAGCUAUGGCUGGAUGAUCACUCCUUACCUUUAGUUUAUUCCAGUUUUUUUUUAAAGAGCACCCCUAUCUGUGGUGGUGGUGGUGGUGAUGUGUUACCCUCCCUGAGGCCAGAAAAUAACUCUAAGCACCCUACCUGAAGUGGACAAAACUAGCAACACUGACACGAACACUUUAUCCAACUUUUUAUCCUAUUUAUCCCUUUAAUUAGUCUGCAGGUUCUGGGCAUAAGUGCAAUGAUGAUGGUGAGCUCUAGGACUACAGCAGGCCGGAUCAUUUAUUUAGACUUAUUUUUGUCCUGGAAGCGGGAAAUAGGGUCAAUUUGCUUUCAUAUAAUUUAAUUCAGGAAGCAGAUUUUAAUCAAAAUUCAUAAUUGUUCGUUUGAAUUGACCCUAAAACUCGAAGCCCAGAAUUCCACUCCGUCUGUGUCGUUUAGCUGCCUUUUUUCCUUUAAACUAUUGCCAUUUCCUAUAGGUUGCAAUGAUGUGCAAACAAGGAGUUAAGUAGUCCUUUUCCUUUCUGUACAAACUUUUAGUAAUGAGCACUUUGACUGGGCAAAAGUUCACUUUUGCCGCUGCCAACUGAGCUCCCUGGCACAAAGCCUCCUCUCUAAAUGUAGUCUCCCCUUGAAGCCAAAAUCUCUGCAGAGACUGUGCAAGCCUCUUCAAAGGGCCGUUACUGUACUUUGUUAGGUGUUUAAUGGCCAACAUGCCAGUCCACUGACCCCCACUAUUGUCACCUUGGAUGUAUAAGUAAAUAGCUAAGAUGGUGUCAACCCUAUUUUUCUACUGUGUUGUAUAUCUAUUUAUUUUGUGACCUUUGGACUUAAUGCCAUGCCAGAUUAUCAGCGAUGUUUCGACUCUGAAAGGCUCAAAGUGCUGUAAGAGUUAGUUUAAACUAAAAAGGAACAUUGUAUAAAUUGACACAUUCAGACAUCAUUCAUCCGUUCUUUCACCUUCUCUGCGAUAUUUCCAUGGUGUGGUGCAUUUUUCAUGUCGUGAAUAAUAUAACACACUUGCGUGGAACAGCAUAGAAACUAAGCAAACACACAAGCACUGAAAACGCUGGGGAACAGUUGAGUGUUGGCAGGAUGUAUGAAUGAUGUAUUGUACAGUAAGACUGCGAGCUUGCAAUUACAAUGUACCAUCUGUGUUCAGAGUUUUUUUUUUUAUUUUUUUUUUAAAUACCCAGAGAUUUAGUUUUCACCUAUAUUGCGAGCCCACUGUAGGAUUUUAAUGGCCACUGAGUCAUGACUGCGGUAAACAGAAACCUUACUUCUGCCACACACAAACACCAGUCGUUUGAACUACUGUACAUAGAAAUGACACAUUUCAUAAGUGACUUAAUCAUUCAGUAACAAGUUGUGCACAGAUGUGCUCUUAUUUAAGAAGAAGAGGAAGUCAUUGAUGUGAUUUUAGGAAAAGGCCAGUGAGUUAGACUCCACUCUGACACACUUUCCUCUCCAAAUACUGCAUUUUGGAGCAUUCUUUGGAUGUUAGAAGAUAGAAGAAAAAGGUUUCUGCACACUGUCACUAUUCCCAAAUUCAGUAUUUAGUGUGUAAAAAUGACAAUUUCAGAGUAAAUAGUAUGCAGAGUCAUUGUCCUGCGUGUUCACCUCUACACUGUAUCUGCUGCGAUGGAUAAAGACAUUUAAGGUGGAAUCAGUAAAGACAAAGCUGAAGAGGUUUAUGUAAAUAACUAUUAAAUAUAACAAAAAAAGAAGAAAAAAACCAUAAUGUUUUCUUGUGUUCGCCUGAUUAUAAUGAUUACUGCUGCAGGCAUACAAUCAACAACAUUAAACUAAAAAGUGCUAAAAAGUGAAGCACAGAUUAUGACAAUCCCAAAAGUACAUUUAAAAAAAAAAAAAAACGGUUACAGUUUACUUGAA